AUGUGUUGGGAGUUUAGGUAUAACAAAUUGGUAGAGGUAAGGGAUGAUAAAUUGCAAACCAAAACCAUCUCAACAGUAGACGGCCUUGUGGAAGAUAUGUCUGCAGAGUUGCAAAUUUAUACCGACUUCUUGAGAAUUGUCCUAUAAAUAUUAAAUGCAAUUUUGACAUAUGCACUGCUGCGGAAUCCUGAGGUUGUCUAUGCCAUUAUGCACAGACAGGAAGUCUUUCAACCGUUCAGGAACCAUCCUCGCUUUGCUGAGCUCCUUGAAAAUAUAUAUAAUGUAUUGGAUUUUUUUCAACAGUCGUAUGGACUCCCAAAGAAUGGAUGGUGAAUGGUCUGUAGAAAAAGUUCUCCUGUUCAUAAUUAAUAAUUGUCGAUCUUGGCGAGGUGACGGGAUGAAGAUAUUCACUCAGUUACACUUCUCAUAUGAACAAGAGAGUCAUCCGGAGGAGUUCUUUAUUCCAUAUGUUUGGCAGCUCGUCUUAUCCUGCUGCGGAUUCAGUUUCAAUGCAGAUGCUAUAAAUUUGUUCCCUGUUGAUCUGCACGCCGAUAAACAGAUUUACUACGAAGAACCGAAUAUAAAUCUAAAUGGUGAGUUAAACGAACACCGAGUUCUGUUUGAUCCGUAAAAAAAGAAAAGGCAUUUUAUACCAUACGCUUGCGCUAUGCAUGUACGGUUUGUGGUGUAUUUCGUAAAUACAUGAAAAGAU